AUGCAGUGUUAUUUCACGUCCUUCCGACCGGAAGAAUGGGCUGAUAUAGUUAGCUGUUUCUCCGAAAACCGGUGCCUUCCUGCUGACCUGAUUGAGCGCUACUGUCCAACGGAUAUUUGGAAGCGUUCUAGCGAAACAGCUUUCAAAGCCGCAUCUGAAAGCAACAAAGCAGAGAGCCUCCUUUUGCGCAGUAACCGUUCUUCUUUGGUUAGCACUGGAUUACUUGGUCGCAUACUCAAUUCACUGUGGCCUCGAGAUCGCCUAUCUCUGUGCGUAGAGCAGCUUCUGGCCGAUAAGCGUCCUGCUCCAGACGAAAUCAUUCUGAACAAUGCCGUCCACGUGUAUGAAAUCUUAGAUAGUGAUUGGGUUUCACUUGGACCCUCUACUUCCACUCUUGCUAUCCCUUUCAUAGCUGGAGCUUUGGCAUGUCUGGACAGCGCAAUGUCAGCCCCUGACACUGGUGCUAUCCUCGUAGUUGAUUUACCGUUGGGAUGCUCUCUUGUCGAGAGUGUCAUUCGCUCAUCUGCUCCGUUUUCUUCUAAUGACGCUGAGACUUUUGAGCACAUAUUUAACAGUUUUGCGAGACUGUUGCUGAAGAGCUCAAGGGAUCCCACGCAGUUAAUGCGAUUGGUGAAAGCAUUAGAGGGAUUGUCGGUAUGGAUCGAUUUCACUGCUGCGAAAUGCAGCCAACUACCCUUCGCGCUUUGGAGCGCAGUCAAUGGACUGCUGACAUUGCUGGAUCAGCAUAUAGAACAGGGUGCAAAAGAGGUUAUCGCUACCUCCAAAGCAGUUCCCAUUGCUUCUCCAGAGGAACCAACAAACGACGACACGGUCGCAGGAAACUGGCUUGAAUGUAUUCUUGAACAAGUACCGGCCAUGCUGGACCAUCAGUCUGCUGUGCAGUCUCAAAUUGUGUCAGAGAUGGUCGAGAUAUCCAAACGAAUUGAGUUUCUGCUUCGACUACUGGCUAAUGCCCGAGACAUGUCUAAGUGCAACAAGUGCAUUUGCGAUGUCGUUGAAAAGAUACAAAAUCUGUUAAAUGCAGAAAUAGUUGGCGAGUUUCAAUCCACAUAUAUCACUUUGUCGCAGGGCGGUCUGAUUGGAGCGGAUCUCCAGGCGAAACUUCUUCAAGACGUUCUCAGCAGAGGAGGACAGCAAAAAACGCUUCUUCUGCGAACAAUCAUUUCUGGCGGUCGCAGCAACCGACCCCAUCUGGUUGCUCAGAUUUUCAGACAUAGCCUCGACUGUUAUGAGAAAGUGAUAGGGACGAGAGUCAUGGAAAGACUGUGUAAGGAAGAGUGCACAAUACUGGAGGAGUUUUCCCAUUUCCUGAAAAAGACACACGCUACAGACUUCGCUAGGCAGACCAUGAGUCUUUUGGAUAGGAUCCUUGCAGAUGAAAAUUCGAGUUUUAUUCUGCUGGAUGAUGUCACAUCACUCUUGUUAACUCUAGUUCACAGAAAUCCAGGCACAGCAAAAUCCAGAAUGGUUUUCGAUUUUAGAAUUAUUGUGAGAUCUAAUCUAUUACGAGUACUUGUGAAUUUUUACUUGCCCCAAUUGUUCCUUUCAGAUUUCACAAAUGCCCUACCAUACACACUACUUGUUUAUUCAGAAUGUCCAUGGACUCUUGAUUUGAAGAUGUUGGGUCGAAUAGAGAGCGAAUGGUCAAAAGUCAUCACUUUGUUUUCUGAAUUUUUUCUUCGCCACCCGUCACAGUCGUUUUUACCUGGCACAUAUUCUUUGCUCAUAUCUGAGCAUUUUUGUGGCGCUGAAGAGACUCUUGAUCUGCCAGUACUUCUUUUUGUGCUGCGUCAUCUUCCUCGCUUGAUUUGUGAGCAAGGUCAGAAGGAUGUACAGAACUUCAAUAAUCAUCAACCUGGUAUGGAGACGAUUAUCAAACAAUUCGUACACCCAGACAACGUAUCUAAAUUAGGUGAUCGGGCUGUGAAACUGUUCACGGAGACUAUACAUGAUGGAUCCUGGCAGGUUUACAUUCAAGGUUUCAUCCUCACCGUGCUCAUAAUUGAAUCCACUGGCAACCGACUUGGAGCAGCUUUAUUCGAGAGCUUAACAAUUCUUCUGCAUAACAUCGACGUACACGCUAUAAAGGAUGCAUGCAUAAACUUGGAAGCAACGGGUGGCAUUGAUCGUCUUCACUGCAUGCUGUCGAUCUUUCGGAACACAGCAUUCUGUGAUUUGGUGCCAUGUUUCGAAGAGCAGUGUCGUCAAGCUCUCAAAGAAGAUGUGUCUCAGAAAUUGCAUCGCAGGAACAAUCACCGCUGCACAAUGAAAAGUGAUCUUUCAUCAUUUUAUCUAUUCAGAUUGAUGAGAACAUUCUUUGUUAAGGGAGAUGGUGACACUUUUCUCGACCCACCCAUUAAUGUUGACGAAUAUCUUCUACACCAGCAUCUCCGUCACGAAAUAGCCACACUCCUGUUACACGAAGUACAGGAGAAAUGGAAGAACAGACCCGACAAGGACGUCAUAAAUGCAGUACAAGUUAAAUGGGUGGUACGUGUUGCUAGCAGUGGACAGUACACUAGAGAUGUAGCAGAACGUGCCGAGCAAGAGUUGAGCAAGCUCGGAGCGGAAAAUGCUGCGGAAGUUCGUUUUUGUUAUCUGGCUGAAACACUUCUCGCUGGAGCGACAAGUGCUCAAGCUGCUCAGAAUUUCGAGAAGAAACCUCUGCUUGGUAUCUUCUGCUCGUUCUAUGAAGCAGUUUUAUGUAGUGAGAAAGUUCGGCCUUCAUGGAUUGAGGAUCAUCUUAUCGCCCUGGGUGACACAUUGGAUAGAUGCGCUUCCGGGGAGUCUGCUUCAGAACAAACGGCUCUUACACCCGCCUUCAUACAGGUGUUAUCGAAUGUGCUCCACAAAGAUUCGACAUCGGAAUUGUCAAAACAACUACGUUGUCUGCUAGCGGGUCGUCUUCUGUUUUUACCAUCAUGGCUUCGUUGUUCGCAUGCUCCGAGUGCGCUUAUUCUGAGUUUUGCUCCCAUCCUGCAGGACCUAAAGGAGCAUGUUGAUGCUGAAGUUAUGCAUUGUGCAAUGCGUGAUAGCGUUGCGGCGAUACUACGUCCAUCUUUGAUUGAGGAUCUGCAUGAUUUCUUUGCUAUCACUGUGCAAUCAACCGAUCGUUUAGCGCAAACUGCUUUGACCUGGACUGGAAGGCUAGCCUCGGAAUAUCGCAGCCGUCCGUCAAGUCUCGUGCCUCUAAAACGUCGACAAGAUGUCUUCCAUGAGGUUUUGAUGGUGAUUUGUAAUCAUGCUGACUCUGAAACUCACAUUGAGGUACUUCGUCAAUGUGCAGAGAACUUGGCGUCGUGGAUUGAAGUUUCAACCGAGGAGGAGAAUGUCAUGCGCGGACAGGCCUUGUUAACGAACGGAAAUCGGCUUGUUUUUCGACUGAUGGUUGUCUCGAAUCUGCUCGAAUAUUGCUCUCAACUUGAAUAUAGUAACACGCAGUGUGGUCCAGACUGCCCUCCCAACAGUGGAAGGCGUCGAAAAAUGAUGAGCAGCGUCGGUCAAAUAGCAUUCCGCUCUGUACAUACGCGGCGACUGAGAAAGAGUUUGUACAUCAGCACUGGUACAAUUGCCACACGUGUAAGAAUGACUGACAAUAAGGGAGUAUGCAGCGUUUGUGCUGUCAAUUGUCAUCGCGGACACGACUUGUCAUAUAGCAAGCAAGGCUCGUUUUUCUGUGACUGUGGAGCUGGUGGUUGUUCCGCUUUGAAGGCAACCGUGUACCAUAAUUCUCCAAUAAGUGCUGCCCGUGGAAGAACAGCACCUGCUGUACAUACCGCAGUCGACAGUGGUACUACUACACCAGUUUCGUUCGACAUUAAUCUCGAUACGACUGUGGAUUCUUCAGAGCUGCUGGAACUUCUGGUUUGUUGCUUUGUGAUAUUUUUCAUGAACUUGAUUUUCUUUUGUCUUCUCGUCUGGAAGCUUAGAAAAGUGCCUCUGCCACCUCGUUUUUUUAAUGGAGCUCAAACAGUUCUUACACUUAAGGACCGCGUUCGAGCUGGUAUUGAAAGUCGUGUAGAAGUGAUCGAGCGAAUCAUACGCGCUUCUCUGCAUGCUCGUGAUUCUCGGUGGUCACUUGAUGAACGUCGCGACAAUGUGCGGCGGUCGCUGGCUGAUCCUCAGCGUCUCAAUGUGGUAUAUGAUCAGGCGAUAAUGGAAGACUAUGAAAUAUCGGGAAAGCCGAAUAGUAUUUUGGAACCAAGAAGACCUCCUGAACCGCCAACCGAUAGGAAUAAGGCUAGAGAUAUCUGUCAAGUGUUGCCAUUUGAAAAUGGUUGCCAUUUGUGGUUCAUGCUUGCUGAACAUGCAACGACUCUACAGAUAUUCCACAUGCAUCCAGGGCAGAGUCUGGUCGAUGAACUUGAGCAUAUGCGAAUUGACUCUGAACCAAUUGGAAUUGGUUUUGCUGGUCGUCAAGUUUCUUGCCGUGAUGAUAAGGUAGCGGUGGCUGGUCCUAGCGAUAUUCUCACGCUUCGUAUGAGCAAGGAUGGAGAGAUUGUUGAUCGUAUGGUUUUAUGGGCACCACAUCGCCCAGCUCUUCUGGCAGUGGCUACCGUUCAACUUGUACGAAUAUACGAUCUCGCUCUUGAUGCUGAUAAUUUUGUCGAAGAGUUGGUACUUCCAGUAGAUCGGUACAUUACUCAUCUGUCUCCGAGUUACUGUUUUUAUCACUGGAGAAAGGUACCUAGGUUGUCCAAUACCCAUCUGAAAAAGGAGAUCUUGGGAAGAGAAGAGUUUACCGUCUUUGAACUGACCCAGGUAAAGUCAUUUUUAGGGGUUUACUUGAGGCAUCUUAAGACUAUUGAAGGUGAGUUCAGAUUGGAAAUGACAACUCCUGUUCACUGCUGGCAAGAAUCGAGCGGAGUGAUGGCCUGCUUUUCGUAUCCGAUCGCUUCAUCUUUGGUAUUUGUCUAUCCUACGCUGGAACAGAUUCUCAUUCAGAGAAUACAGCUGAAACGGUCGGCUUUUGCUCAUGCCCUUUUCACCGGAUCGUCUGCAGACAUCAUAUAUUCACUGCCACUUUUCUACGACUCGCCGACUAACCUGGUCUUCUCAGCGAGAUGGUCUACUCUGCCAGAUUUAUGGAUAGAAAAUAUGCCGAGUGAGAUGUGCGCCCAAGCUGAAAAGGAAAAGGAAGAACCUGAGGCUGAGUUGCAAGACAGCGAUCUCGUAACGCUGUUCGAACGUUGUGAACCUGUUGAUAGAGUCGAGGUUUCUUGCCCAGAUUUGGCCAUUUUCUACGACGUUCAUGACCUCAACGUGCGACUUAGUUCAGUUGGAUCGAUGCCCGUUACGGCGAUCCAGAAAGAGCAAUUUGCUCUUACAAUGCGUGUUGGAGAUCCAAACAUAAUAGUCCGUGCCGUUCGGAUUGAAUUACCGUCUGAGCGAGGUCGCGGGCCUUCUGAGGUUUCAAUUGGCGAUAAGACGUAUCCUCUAACGAUGACGACAGAUCUGGCCCGAUUCUUCGACAUUCGCUUCACCCGGACGCAGUCGCUCGAGCUUGACCAUAGGAACAUCACAUUAACGUUUUCUGGAAGAUCUCGUUCACAAGUAGGAAUGACCGUGGUUUCUGUGCGACUGUACGGCAUGUCAAAAAGAGAAUUUGGAUCUCCUCGUUCACAUUUGAUUGCAAGAAUGCCUCUGUCUUUGCCGGAUAAGUUCAUAUUGAACGUGAUAAGAAUGAUGACUGCACUGAAUACCAGAAAUCUCUUUGUAAAGGUGAGUCUUGCUUUGUUUCCAGCGGUUUACGAUUUGGCAGUAUUUUCCCGUGGCAAAGUGCCCAUUCCAAGCGAUUUAAUGGCAGAUUUCGCACUGCAGCUCAAAUAUAUGAUGUGUACACGAUGGAAACAGUUCUGGAGCAUUGUGAAACGAAACUUCACAUAUAGCCCACCGUGUACGACUUGUCGGUCAGACCCUCAUCUAUUCGUUCGCGCUAACAACGAGAAACGACAGGUCUCAAGCACGUUCUAUGAACCCGUCAGCCAAAUUGAUGCGCUGGGGUGGUCUGAGGCCGUUUUUCAAUCGAACGAAGAUAUUAAGAAUUUCGAUCGUGCGUACCCUGCAUGUGAUUCUUGGCAAUCGAUGAGUGGCACAAACGUGACGGACCAAAUGCGGGACGACUUGCAACAGUUACACAGAUACGGUAAAGAAAUUGAUCAUAAUCAUUUCAUCAUGCCUUGGAAAUCAUUCGACAAUGAGAAAGCCAGUUGGAAGCGAAUACGGUGCCCUCUUACUGAGCUACGAAGGUAG